AUGGUAGGAUAUCUCAUUUCAGAAGGUGCGGAUGCGAAUGCAAAAAAUAAUGAAGGUUUCACGACUCUUCAUCUUUCAGCAGAUCGAAAUUAUAAAGAAAUGGCCAUACUUCUUCUAUCACAAGGUGCAGAUAUUAAUUCAACAACCAAUGAUGAAAUGACGGCUCUUCAUAUUGCAGCAAAGAACACCUAUAGCAAAGGAAUGGUAGAAUGUCUUCUUCUACAUGGCAUUGAUCUUAAUAUAAAAGAUAAAAACGGAAAAACUGCUCUUCAAUUAGCAUCUGAGCAUCACAAAAAAGCAGUGGUCAAACUUAUUACUGCAUAUAUUGCCAACAAUGAAAAGUCACAUUAA